AUGCGCUCGUCCAUCUUAAUUUUGGCUGCACUCUUUGUGCUAGGAGUUAGAAGUGAAAACAUCUCAUGUUAUUCCUGCGUAUCGUAUAUUGAUAAAGAUUGUGAGGAAGUUGACCCUGUUAAGUCUGCUGGACUCAUCAAGCAAUGUGAACCAAUUGAAGUGCAAUACCAAUCCGAGAAGCUUAAUGCUAUUGGAUGCAGAAAGAUCGUCCAGAAAGUAGAAGGCGAGUUUUCCACCUCAAGAGAAUGUGCUUAUACUGGACAAGAUGUCGAUGGAUAUAAGAAGACCGGUAACCACGCCGUCUACAAGAUUUACUAUCAAUGCACCAACACUCAACCGGGCGAACCCUGCAACACCGUAUCUGGACUUGGCUACUACCUCACUUUCAUAGCAGCUGUCAUUUCAGCUUAUUUCCUUUAA